AUGUCAUCACAACAGGACAGCUCCUCUACUCAACCUAAAAGUCAACCCCCAAAGUCUUCGGAUUUAUCUUCGGCUGAGGGCAACGAAGAGUUGUUUGAGAAUUUACUGAUCACUUUGAGGAUUUCGACUUAUCAUAGAUAUGACUUUGAUAUCAGCUACAAAUGGCAUUUACAACAUCAUGAGAAUAUCAAAAAGAUAAUCACAGGGCUGAAUUUGCUGGGGGAGAGCUUUGAAAGGCUUGGUAUUGAAGGUUUUUCUUUAAAUGUAUCCGAAGACACCGAUCUCAAACUAAAGGCUCAAGAAAUAGCCAAGUCGUUGCAUACCCAUAAUGAGGAACCCAAACCAUUUCGAAGCAACUCGUCAGCUUCUUUGCAAGAAUCCUCAGACAUCAACAAGCUUUUGCUUUCCUCCAACUCUCUUCAUUCAGCAGUGAUUGCUUUCUUCAAAAAGUCAUUUGUGUCUAAUGCAGAACAGGAACGCUUUGAGAAGGAGCUCCAAGAAGCGUUGAAGAACACUGUACUAGUUGGUACGCUUCGUGAGGAGUCGUUCGACAUGAUCCUACCAACCAUCACUUCUUGGUUCAACCAUGUAUCCACAUUCAAAUAUGGACUGGUGUUCCUUCGUGAGGGAAUGAGAUUGUUUCCUCAGGUUUUUGAAAAACAGGCUAAUAUUGUUACAUUUCUAAAAUAG